AGCCGACUCCGUACCCGUGCCUUAGCCUCGUGUCACUGGCAUCAUAGGCCGGCCGCGGCAACUUUGGCCCGGGUGCAAGAGGAAUGCUGGUGGCCAAACCUGCGAAGGGAUGUGAAUGACUUCUGUACACAGUGCUUAUCCUGUCGGCGAGAGUCCUUACGC